AACAUAAAAGCUCCAAGUCACUGUAAAAAGUGCCAAUAGGCAAAUUACUGCUGCCGCAGACAUCAAGUCGUUGACUGAAAGGCUGGACACGACAAAGCUUGCGCUAAAUUAGCAGAUUUGGGCUUGAAGGAAGAAAUAAAAGCUAAAAGUAAGAAUAAGAGUCCAGACCAAGAAGAAGAAGAAGAAGAAGAAGAAACUUAUAAGGGCUUUUUAUUUCCCGAGUACGAAAUAGAGAGCGAGGAUGAACCUGCUGAUGAAGAUAAUGAUAAUGAUGAUGAUGACGGGAAAAAAGAAAAAGAAGAAAUGGAGAAGCUGAAGAAGAUGAUGGCGGAGAAAAAAGCUGGAUAUCUUCAGGAUGUUGAGGACAAACAGUUGGAGGAAGCCGCUAAGGAGGAUGACGAUGAAGCUUUUACGGAGUUUAAAGAGAGGAUCAAGCGACGACCUGCUCAAGUUCUCAGGUAUCAGCGGGGUGGAGAUCCGUUGUUGGUGUCAAAAGAAAACAAACCGCAGAAAAUUCCACCCUGUGAAAAUUGUAACAGCCGGAGGACGUUCGAGUUCCAAAUAAUGCCGCAAUUGUUGAAUAAAUUGAACUGCAGUAAUGAAAACAGUAUUGACUGGGGAGUGUUGCUUGUUACACUUGUAAAAAGUCCUGUCUCAUCUCUGGGUACCAGCGGAAGUUUAUUUGGAAGCAAGAUUAUGCUGACAUCGAAAAUAAAAAUUCUAGCUCGGAAAGUAAACAUUGAUAAAAUGGUAGGAAAUUUUUAUUAUUGAAAAUUUGGAUUUUUUCUUAAAUAAA